GCCGCCUUCCGCCGCGCCGGCUACCACGGCGGCGCCGCCGGCUACUUCGAGCCCGAGCCGGAGCUGGAGCCGCUGCCCGACCCGGGCGACAUGAUCGUGCGCGACGAGGUCAGGUCGGAGGAGGGCGGCAGUGGCGGAGACGACGACGACCGCGCGGCAUCACCCAGCGCUCAGCGCACAGAUGGACCUCCGUCCGAUGUGGUGCGGGCGUCCCGUGAGAGGGAGCAGCCGCUGCCAGGCGAGGUGUGGAACUACGAUGCCAACAAGGAGACCUGGGUGCAGAAGCCGGAGGGCGCCGCCGCCGACCAGGACGGCCCAGAGUCGGCCUCGGGUUCGGCGGCGCCCGGUGCCGCGGAGGCGGCGGCAUCCGGCGGCGUGGAGGUGGCGCCCGCUGGUGACGGGCUGCAAGCCGAGUCGCUGUCGGAUUUCUCCGACGACGCCGACGAGAUUCUCAACCGAGAGGACGAGGUGGUGGAGGAGGAGAUCACGUUCGAGGACGACUCGGGUCACGACGGCGAGCGGCCUGGCUCGCGCGGCUCGGCACCGGCCGCCGGCGCGCGCCGCCGCCCCAGCGCCGACGACCGGCCGCGAGACACCGCCGCGGCCGGCGCGGCCGCCAUCACCGCCACCGCCGCCACCGCCACCGCCACCACCGCUGAGGAAGAUGAGGAGGAGGCUGAUGGCGUGGACCCGCCGGAGGCCAGGCCGCAGAGUCUGGUGGACGCGCUGGCGAUCGACUGGAGCAGCCUGGUGAGCGCGCAGCCGCGGCGGCCGGCGCCGCCGCCGCCCGGCUCGGCGCUGGAGCGGUUCUCGGCGGCGGCCGUGUUCUCGCAGCUGGGCGUCUGCGCCGACUGGGCCGGGCCCGAGCUGAUGCAGACGGUCCGGCAGCACUGCGGCGCGCCGCCAGACUCGGAGGAGGUGCCGUCGGAGCCGGUGCCCAGCGCCGCCGAGUGUCAGCGGCGGUACCGGCGCCGCACUGAGCAGGCCAUCACCGACCCGGGCCCGCACCGGCGAGCCCUCUGCGCACGCGCCGACCUCGCCAUCAGGCGACACCUGUGUGACGUGACGGAGACGGAGCCGAUGUCGGAGGCGGUCGCCAGAGCCAGCUUCAAACGCGACACCUUCGCUAAACACCUGGCCUUGCUGACAGCCAGGGUCAGCUGAUGCUGGCGUGACGUCACUGGUCCACUGCUGUGUUCGUCCGCCGGGGUCGCGGUCCGUAGCCGUCAGCUGACGAACGUGGGCCGAUCCCGGCCGAGACACAUGUCACGUGCGCUGCGUGAUUGACGGAAUACAGCAACGCAGUGCAAAUACCUCA